AUGGCGGAGCUAUACGCUCGUCCUUGGCUUGCCUCCCCUGCCGCUCACGCCAUCUCAGAUGCGACGGGACGCGACCGCAGUGCGACCGAUGCGCUAAUGCCGCGACGGAAUGCCGUUAUGCCCCUUCGCGCCGCGGCGGCCUCGAUCGCGCGGCGCUGGCAGAGCGGCGCAAACGUCUCGCGGCCGCGGCAGCAAGCCACGAUGCCUCGGUCGAUGGAUCCGGACCCGGACCACAGUCACAGAUGA